AUGAUUGGGGUGGGUAUGAUGAUUGGGGUGGGUAUGAUGAUUGGGGUGGGUAUGAUGAUUGGGGUGGGUAUGAUGAUUGGGGUGGAUAUGAUGAUAUUUGGUGACCAUGAUAUUGAGGAUUGCUCGAAGAUGACGAUGCAAGUGUUGUGGCUGUAG